UUUUUUUCAAUAUACACUGUACAUAUUGAGCAGAACCCAGAUGGCAGAUAGGGAUGAAUGGUAUUUUACAAAUAAUGGAAAAUUCACGGUAAAAUCAGAUUAUCAAUUGGAGAGGAUUUACCCGGAUAGGGACAUAUUACUGUUAUUCAUUGGCCCUACAGUUGAUGUUUUAAAGGUUUUUUGCUGGAAAAUACGAUGCCCACCAAAGAUAAAAUAUUUUCUUUGGCAACUGAUCUCAAGAUGUGUAGCAGCAAGAAGAAUUUGCAGGCACGAAGGAUGCAAGGGGAUAUAAGUUGUGCAAGAUGUGGAGCGGACGAGGAAUCGAUUAACCAUGUGUUUUUUUAGUGUCCUCCAGCUAUUCAGGGGUGGGCUCUGUCAAAGAUUCCAACAAAUCCAUUUAUUUUCCCGACAGACUCUUUAUUUACAAAUAUGGAUCAUCUAUUCUGGAGAGUCGCUCCACCGAUGGAGGAUCAUCAAUUUGCUUGGAUACUUUGGUACAUUUGGAAAGGAAGAAAUAAUAAGAUUUUUAGUAAUCUGGAUAUAGAUCCUAGGGAUACUCUAAAUUUGGCUGAGAGGGAAUCAAUCCUAUGGGCUGAUGUACAGUUGAUGAAGGAUCAGAAGAUGGGAACAGAGACUCAGGUUACGCUUCCUCCGCCAAUCCCAGGCAGAUGGUGUUUUACAGAUGGAUCAUGGAAAGAGGAUGAUAUGUUCUCUGGACAAGGCUGGUUCAGUACCUUACCUGGAUUUGAGGGCCUAAUGGGAGCUAGGAACGUACGAGCGUCUCUCUCUCCUUUGCAUGCAGAGUUCGAGGCAUUACUAUGGGCAAUGGAAUGUAUGAGGAACUUAAGACAAUUCCAAGUUACGUUUGCAACUGAUUGUUCUCAAUUGGUGAAGAUGGUUUCGGAACCAGAAGAAUGGCCAGCUUUUGCAAGUUAUUUGGAAGAUAUCAGGAAUCUGAAAGAGAGUUUUACAUGCUCAUAAAUUAUACAUGUCCCAAGGACGCAAAAUACAAAGGCGGAUAAACUAGCAUGCAUUGUCAGAACACAGCCGUCUUUCGUCGUCCAUAUGGAUCAAUACCUCCCGGUGUGGUUUACAUAGUCUAUAUGAGUCUGUAAUGUUGUUGGCAAAAAAAAAAACACUGUACACAUUAUAGAUUAUUGUCAUAUUACUCUUUUCAACCAACCGGUGAAACCUACUAACAAAAAUAAUUAAAAAAUAUAUAAAUUUUCUUAGCCACAUCUUCUAAUCUAUCACCACCACCGCCACGUCUCUACUCCACCAUCUCUUUCCAGUGUCUCUCUUUCUUCUUCAGAUUAUCAAUAAAAUCAUACAUUUUCUUCUGUCACAUAAUUCUUCUCUUUCAAUACUUCACCAAAAGAACAAUCAAUUGUUCUAAAGAAGAGACAACGAUGAAGCCAUAGACGGUGAGCACACAUAACAACUCUUUCAUUUCUUUUCCAUUUUUAAAAAAUCAAUGGAUUCUCACAAUCAUGCUUUUGUUUUCAUACUCUGUUUUUUUCUGUUUUUGUUUUAAAGAUCCAGUGGUGAAGAACAGACAACGAUGAAAGCGUAGACAGUGAGCUUCAUUUUUUUCUCCUUCUUUUUCUUAAAUCAAUUGAUUCUCACAAUCAUAAUUUUGUUUACAUACUCAGUUUUCGUUUCUGUUUUUGUUUUACAGAUCCAGUGGUGAAGAACAACGACGGCGAGUUGGUAAAAGCAUCAUCGUGUCGGGAAAAAUAAAGGAGAUGAAGACGAUCUCUAUAUGGUGGUGAAGAAUCAUGAUGGUGAACGAAAUGAAUGUGUAUCAGUCUGUCUAAAAAAAAGAAUUGAAGAAGAUAAACUCGCCGUCUAUACUAUAUUUGGUGAAAUAAAUAGUAUAGUAUAUAUCCUCAAUUAUAUCUACCUAUGUACGGUUACCAUACUAUUUGAGACAUAUUUCUAUACUACUCCUUAAAAAUGUAAUAAUAUGUCAUGUUUUAAAAUUUGAUAGGUCUCUUCUUUGUCAUUUUGUGUGAUUGAUUAUAAUAUACAAUUCAUUUUUCUAGUGCUGGACAAAUUUGAUUAUUUGGAACAUUCGUUUACUAUACUACUUAGACUAUAUGGAAUAUAAGAUAUGCAACAUGCUAACCAAGUAAAUAUGCUUUCAAGUGUUUAAUAUUGAAAAACAAUUUAUAGAUUGUAUUUGAGUUUAUAGGUUCCUGUCUAGGGUUUCGAUUUACUAAGUAAAGUUUUGGGUAUAGUAAACUACAUUAUAUACAUUAUAUUUGGGUUUGUACUUCCUUGAUUAGGGUUUAGCUUAAUCUAUUUAUUUAGGUUUAGGGUUUACGAUAUAUUUGGAUUAGGAUUUAGUGACUAGAAUUUAGGAUUUAGUAUUUAGAAAGUGAGUGGGUAUGGUUGGGGUGAGCAUUAACUUCUUUCAUGCAAUCAUAGAUAUUUUAUAGUUUCACCAAUAUGUACUAUGUUAUUUAUUUUGUUUCAUUAUAUUUGGGUUUUGUGUUUAUAUUUAGGUUUAGAGUUUAUAUUUGAGUUAGGGUUUAGUGAUUAGAGUUUAGGGUUUAGCAUUUGGAAAUUUAUGUUUGGGUUUUGUGUUUAUAUUUGGGUUUAGGGUUUAUACACUUUUUAUUUUUUAAAAAUUUAUGUUUUUAUCCACUCAUUCUACUGCAUAUAGUAAAUAAAUAUGUUGUAAAUAAAUUUGUGACAUGAGUUCUUUUACGUGAUGUGUUUGUAAAUAAUAGGAUUCAUUAUUGACCAGCAAUAAAAAUUUCUUGGGUGGAUUAAAUUGGUAUGUGGUUGCAUGUGUUUCUUUUAAAUAAAGUAGUCUUAAUUUAAUCUUCACCCUAUGUUAUUUUGAUCAAGUCAUAUCUAACAAUACAAUAUUACCGGAUAAUUACAUGAAAAGGGGCAGAACCGGAUAAUAAUUGGCAUAAAUGAAAGUUAUUACAUUACGUCAAAAUCAAUGCCACUCACUUCAUUUUGAUGCUAAAGUUGGUUAUUUAGCAAAUUCACCCUUGUUAUUAUUUGAUCAAAAAAUAUCUAUGCAUAUGUUUUUGUUAGUAUUUGACUUUGUACCACACUACAGUUGUUCUGAAUGUUGUCAUUUGAACUUUAAGAACUACCUGACAUUCAAAACACUGUCGUUUUAGUCUAUAUUAAUAGCUAUCCAACCAAACUCUGUUUUAGCAUUUCUCUUUCCGACAAGCAGAGUAAUUUACAUUCAAAAUGUUGUAGAGAAGAGAAAAUGGAUCAGCCUCAUGUAUAUUUUGUUUGAUGUUUGUGUCAUUUGAAGUUUAAUACAAGAUUUGGACUAGUUUCUUGCUCAGAAUUAGACAAAAAGAAACUCUGUUUGCAAUACUCUCCUUAAAAGUAUUCAUAACCUUUACUGCAAACAAAAACUGUCUUCUCAAUCUUAAUUAGUUACAAAUGACGAGAUACUUGCGCACCAAGAAAUGAUCCUUUGCUCCAGAGUGAAUGAAUCUGAAUUCAAACAUCAAUUUUUAUAUAUUAAAAUCUCACCUUAAAGUCUGAAAUUUGAUAUGUUCUUUGGUAAAUCAGACAGCAAUAUCUGAUCAGAUCAAAUAUUGUUAUGUUGUUUUCUCUUUGUACAUGUGAAGAUGGAAGUGAUACUGUAAUCUCCAUUAACUACCCUCUCAAAAGUAAAGAACAAUAUUUAUUUUAACACUAAGUAGCCCAAGUGCAGAGUACUAUGACGUUUCAGUGUAAUUAAAUUGCUAAUCAUUGAGAGCCUACAGAAGGGACAAUGUUCAACGGAUCAAUUAGAGAAGAUUUACGAAGGACAAGUGGUCAACAUUGUGGUAAUACUCUAUUCAUUUUUAUAACUCCCCUUAAAUCAAUUGUCAACAUUAAAAUUCUUUUGUUUUGUUUAUUUCUUCUCUCUUCUGUCAUAUAUUCUCUAUUACACCUUGUGUCUCCUUGUCUCCUAUUAAGAUAAUAGUAAGUCUACGUAGAUAUAUACACAUAUGAGUAGGAAAUGAAUCGUUCCACGACCUUCUUGAACAAGAUUCUCCUACUACUCUUAUUGUUUUAAAAAACCCUAGAUUCUUGGACCUAUAAUGGCCUUAGCUUUCUUCUUUAUGUCAAUUUUUUUAAAUAUAAAUAUCUCAUUGGAAAACGUUUCUCUGUGCUGUCGUGUUUUUUCCUGAUGCAACAGAGUUUUGAGUUUGCCAGCGAUGAUGUAGGAGGCAAGAAGAGACAAGAUAAUCAUUAUAAUCAAGAGAGCUUGACGUUGCUGGCUUCAUGACCACAUAGAGAUUAUUAAACUAAUCAAAAGGAGAUAAUUAUGCAAAUUUCCUCAUUUUAUUAAGGUUUUAACACAUGCCCAUUUGCUCUUACAUUAAAUUUUUAAAAAGGUUAUUUUGGAUUUAUCUGUUGAAUUUUCAUCUGUUAUAUAUAUAUAUCUUUGGAGUCUCUCAACCUUCACACACCAAAACUUGUUUUAAACUUUCAUCUUCUUUUGAAGCUAAAAAAAGAUGGCAGCAUCAACUUCCUAUGCAAAGACUAGGUCUAUUAGUUUGCCUACAAGACUAAUCCAUCCAAAAGCAAAGAGAGUACAAGAAGAGCUGAAAAAGAUUAAAGCCUUGAACUCUUCCUCAUCAGCUUCUUCUCGCAUCCAACUUGGACUUGCCCGGCUCGUCGAGCUCUACGACUUUGUUAAUCAACAAGUCAUUAGUUCUCCUCAAGGCCAACAAGUCCUUUGCCUUUCUCACAACGCAAAACUUGUUGAAGAAUCUCUUGAUGAAUCCAUCUUGUUGCUCGAUGUAGCUGACUUCGCAAGAGACUUGAUAGGAACAUUCUUGGAGCGAAUCCAAGAUCUUCAAUCCACUAUACGUAGACGUGGAGGAGAUAACUCGAUAGUUCAGUCAGAGAUCAGCGCUUACAUCAGGUUUCAGAAGAAGUUCAAGAACUCAGCGAGUAGACAACUUAAAUCCGUUGCAAGAACACAAACAAAGAAGAAGUGUCCGGUGAUCAAACAGUCCAAGACUCUUGAUCAACAUGCUUCUAUGGUGUCCAACAUUCUAAGGCAGUCACACACAUCGACGAUCUCUAUUUUCAAGUCCCUCUUGCAGUUUCUUUCUUCUUCGAGUGAGAACCAGAAGAAGAAUGCUGAAGUUGGAUGCGUAGAUAACUCAAUGAUCCGUUCUUUUUAUGGAAGAAUCAUUGGUAAGAAGACUGCAAAGGUCAUUGAUGUGAAAACGAUGCUGGGGAGAUUAGCUAUGCUUAGUGUGAGCCUUGAAGCAAUUAUGGAUGAGCUAAGUUACUUGUCAAGACGACUUAUUCAACAUAGAGCGUCUCUUUUAAAUAUUGUUACUCAAUAAAACAAGGACAAAAGAGUUUGUAUAUUUUGUGUAAAAAGAAAAAGUUUUGUAGGGAUGUGUAAACAAGAACAAGACAACGAGAUCUAAACGAGAGAGAGUUUGAAGCUUUUCA